UCAUCAUUCAUCAAGUCAAUUUUAGUCACCACACAAAUCAAACAUUCCCUUAGCUCCUGUUUGCGAAAAAAACCCAGAGAGUACAUUGCAAACUGUGAACCCUUCUUCUCUCGUCCUUCACCUUUCUUUCUUUCUUUCUUUCGUUCUUUCUUUCUUGUGAUCUCAUCUGUUGCACUUGAGAUCCAAUCAUGGCUGUAAAAUUUGAUGGUGGAGCUUAUCUCACUUCCUUUGUUGAUGCUAUUUUGGAGAAGCUUUCUCCAAUACUUGAAGACGACUCAUUUGUGGAAAGGAACAUCUUGCUUGGAAGGUUAGAGAAAAGUCUGUAUGAGGUUGGACCUGUUCUUGAUGAUGCUGAGCAGAAGCAGUUCACUGACAAGAGAGUCAAGAAGUGGCUUGUUGAUCUCCAAGAUGCUCUCUAUUUUGCUGAUGACUUGCUCGAUGAGAUCUCCACUAAAGCUGCCAUCGCCGCCACUCAAAGGGAUCCAGGUAACUCUUCUUCCUGGUCUGGUGUUGUUGAUUCAUAUAUUGAAGAUACUGGUGACAUGGAAAAAGUAGUUGGUACACUAGAGUCUGUUGUAGCAAAGAAACAUUAUCAUCGUCUGAAAGAGUGCCCCAAGGUGGACACGUCGUCAUGGAGAAUUCCAUCCACAUCUCUCGUUGUAAGUUCUGACAUUUUUGGUCGGGACGAAGACAAGGAGAAGAUAAUCAAAUUGCUGUUAGAUGAUACUCGUCAUGCUGUGACUGUCAUCCCCAUUGUGGGUAUGGGCGGAAUAGGAAAAACUACUCUGGCUCAACUGGUUUACAGUGAUGUCAAAGUGGUGGAAAAUUUUGACACGAGAGUAUGGGUGUGUGUUGCUGAAAAUCCAGACCCUGUUCAUGUUACAAGGACAAUAAUAGGAGCAAUAGAUUCCCGUCUCUGUACUAUGGACAAUUUUAAUUUUCUUCAGACUAAUUUGAAGGAAAAGUUAACAGGAAAGACAUUCUUAGUUGUUUUAGACGAUGUCUGGCAUGAUCAACAAGACACAUGGGAGGAUUUCCUGAAACCUUUUCGGAAUGGGAAUAAUGGAAGUAAAAUUCUCUUAACAACGCGUAAUGAAAAGGUUGCUUCUGUGUUCACAGCUCCUAAUGGACAUUAUCAACUAAGUUUAUUGUCAGGCGAAGAUUGUUGGUCGGUGUUUUUGAAGCAUUCAUCCGUUUCUACUAAUUCCAAACAAUAUGCAACUCUAGAACCAAUUGGUAGAAAAAUUGUUGAAAAGUGUAAGGGGUUACCUUUGGCUGUGAAGACACUUGGAGGUUUACUGCGCAAUAAGUAUAAUGUAAGGGAUUGGGAGAAUAUACUUGAAAGUGAAAUUUGGGAACUCUCGGUGGAUGAAAGUAAGAUUGUUCCUGCACUAAGAGUUAGCUAUCACUACCUCCCUUCACAUUUAAAGCGGUGCUUUGUUUAUUGCUCAUUGUUUCCUGAAGAUUAUCGAUUUGUCAAAGAUGAAUUAAUCUUGCUGUGGAUGGCUGAAGGUCUCUUACAACCAAUGGAAAACAACACAUUAGAAAAUAUUGGUUGUGCAUAUUUUGAUGAAUUAGUUGCAAGAUCAUUUUUUCAACUUUAUAGCCCCGGUGCUGGGUUAUUUGUAAUGCACGAUCUCAUGCAUGAUCUAGCGACGUUUUUUGCUGGAAAAUUCUUUUCCAGAGUCGACAAAUUUGGCAAUCCACACAUGGCAGAUAGCAAAACUCGUCAUUUGUCAUAUUGGGAUCCAAUCUCGAGAUUUCUAGAGGCCUAUAAUGGAGCGAUAUAUGUGAGAACAUUUCUACAUGUUCGUGUUCAAUCAUGGCUAAAACAAUUAAGGUGUUUAAGAGUUUUGUCAUUUGGUCCCUUUGAAAUUCUGUCAUUACCUGAUUCAAUAGGUGAGUUGAUCCAUUUGCGUUAUUUGGAUCUCUCUGAGACACCUAUUGUGACAUUGCCUGAAUCAUUGUGUAAAUUAUACAAUCUCCAAACUUUGAAGUUGUGGGGUUGUAAGAAGCUAGAGAUGCUUCCCAGCGGCAUGCAAGAUCUUGUGAACCUACGCCAUCUUGAUAUCGGGGGAGCUCAUAGUUUACAAGAGAUGCCAAAAGGAAUGAGUAAGUUAAAGCAUCUGAAUUUCUUAAGUGGUUAUAUUGUCGGGGAGCAAGUGGAGAAUGGGAUAAGAGAACUGGGAGCACUUGACGAUCUUCAUGGCUCACUUUGCAUUUCCAAAUUAAAGAAUGUGAAAGACAGCGGUGAAGCUUUGGAGGCAAAGAUGGGUAACAAGAAGCACAUCAUCAUUUUAGACUUGAAAUGGUUUCGAGAAGAUGAUGAUGAUGAUGAUGUUGACAAAUGGCUUGGAGAAGACGACUACGACGAAGAGAAGGAGGAGGAUGAUUGUGGUGGUGGUGGUGAUACUGUUGAUGUUGAAAAAGAGAGAGAUAUACUUGACAAGUUACAACCUCACCGAAACUUGGAGUGGUUAUCAAUUUAUAGGUACAGGGGUGAAACAUUCCCCGAUUGGUUAGGCCUUCCUUGCUACUCCAAUAUGACUACAUUGAUUCUGUUUGUCUGUAAGAAUUGCCGUCAGGUUCCUUCACUGGGACAGUUACCCUCUCUGCAGUAUCUGGCGAUACGUGGACUUCAUGGGUUGGAGAGAAUUGGUGGUGAGUUUUACAACAAAGCUGAAUCAUCUCAUCAGGGCACACCCUUCAGAUCUCUGGAGAGUCUGAUAUUUAAUGGAAUGCCUCGCUGGCGAGAGUGGCACAUUCCUCAUGACUUUGAUGGAUUUCCAAAACUUAAAACCCUUUCCAUACUCAAGUGUCCGGUGUUAAGUGGAGAUCUGCCUGCUCACCUUCCAGCUCUGGAGGAACUUAUCAUUUGGAAAUGUGAAGAGCUUGCGUGUUCACUUCCGAGAGCUCCCAAGCUUCGCCAAUCAAUUAUAGCCGGUUCCGGGAUGAAGGAUCCGGAAGAUGACGAGAUAAUAAUUUCAAAAACUCAGCAGGCGAAGUCCGUAUUGGAGUGCCUGCUCCACAUCCAAUCGCCUUCGUGUCUCCGACGUUUGAGAAUCCACAAGUGUUCGUCAGCCAUAUCAAUUUCAGGAGACUAUUUGCCGGAUUCAUUACAAUUUCUGAAAAUCUCGGGUUGUUCAAACUUAACAAUCUCAGAGCCACUGCAACACAAGUCCCUAACGGAGGUAGUUGUGAGCAAGUGUGAUUCACUGACGAUGUUUCCAUUGGGGGCCCUUCCAAAUCUCAAGGCACUCCGUAUCUCAAGUUGCCGCCGUUUAGUAUCUGUGCCGGCGCUAGGCUUUGCUGCACCCCACCUAGAGGAACUGUAUAUGCGGGAUUGCCCAGAAAUGGAUUGUUUUGGAGAGGAGUGGCUCCCGCCGAGCUUGACAUCUCUUUGGAUCUUUAAUUGCGAGAAAGUAGGGAGGUGGAUAACAUCAAAGGGUUUGCAGAGUGAAGGCCUUACCCAUCUUUUCCUUCGACAAUGGAAUGAAGUUAAGUCGUUCCCCAGAGAGGGUUGCCUUCCUGCUUCCCUCCAGUCUCUAUAUUUGGAGUCCUUUUCAAAUCUGGAGACUCUAGACUGCAAAGGGCUUCACCAACUCACCUCCCUCCAAGAAUUAUCAAUUGUUUGGUGUCCAAAGCUGGAGAAUAUCACACAACAAAACCUGCCUGCCUCCAUAUCAAAACUCAUCAUCACCGGAGAAUGUCCUUUGAGGAGCAAGCUGGAAGAGAUGAACGACCCACGGAUUCAAUUCGACGCAGGUAAUUGGUUUUGCUCUCAUCUUCCCCAUACUCACUGCACGCCCUCCAGUUACAAUGCUAAUAUGUUAUGGAGGAGGCACGAUCUAUUGCUGAACUCACAUAUGGAACAUCAAAGUGGAUUAUCCUAGUAGACAUACUGUGCCUUCUCAUUUUGCUGUUUUAAUGGAAGCCGAAGAGAGAACUUCUGUGUCUGUGGUUUCACGACUGAGAAUAGCAGCAACAGUCUAAAGCCUGAGAAUGUUGAAGAAGUUCACGACUGAGAAGUGGUCAAUGGCACAUAAUCCAGUCUUACAGAAUAUAUCUGAACAUUUUAAUUUUUAAAUUCGAUUUUCUUUUUGCGAGGGAUAGAAUAAUUAAGAAUAAAUUGCUUGUGUCUCACAUGAAACCAAUGCCAAAUCUGUUUCUGAAAAUUGUGAGUUUUUACCAAGGAAUACCCUGAGUUUGAGGUGGGGAUGUUAGGACUUUCGAGUUCCUUUGUAACUUUCUAUUCUGUAUUUUUAGUCAGGGUGUUAGUGUCUUUUUUACACUUUCUGUUUUGAGUCUUGUUUGAAACUCUUUCUACAUAUGUAUCUUGUGCAUAACGAAUGAGGCCAUUCAGUUUCAUAUCAUCUACUGUCUCACAAAGUCUUUGAGCAAUUUUUUUUCAACACAUUUUGGUUUACAUUUUUAUUUUGCAACUCCUUCAACAAUGCCUAGUGUCAAUAGGGGCAUCGAGAUAUCGAAGUGAGAGAUAAUAUAGUUUCUGUUUGCCUAGUUUGGUUAUGCAACUUUUAUUUACUCACUAUUUGUGAUGUAAAUUUGUGUUCUCUACUUUAUUUGUAGAAAUGUGAGCCUAUAUGA